UCGUCUCAUCGAUCGAGCUCUUCUUGCAGUUGCAUUGCCCUCUGCUCAUUCGAGCUAGGUCCUAGUAGCUGCACGUCGUCAGCCAUGGCCACGUUCACGAGGUCGUCGUCCACGGCGGCCGUCCUCGCUCUCGCCGCCGUCGUCCUCGCCGUCCUCGGCGGCGCGGUGGAGGCGCAGCAGCUGGCGCCCAACUUCUACUCCCGGACGUGCCCCAACCUGGCCAGGAUCGUGCGGCGGGGAAUGGCCUCCGCCGUGCAGAAGGAGAGGCGCAUGGGCGCCUCCAUCCUCCGCAUGUUCUUCCACGACUGCUUCGUCAAUGGAUGCGACGGCUCGAUCCUGUUGGACGACACGUCGACCUUCACCGGCGAGAAGGGCGCCGGCCCCAACGCCAACUCGGUGCGCGGCUUCGAGGUCAUCGACGCCAUCAAGGCCCAGGUCGAGGCCUCCUGCACGGCCACCGUCUCCUGCGCCGACAUCCUCGCCCUCGCCGCCCGCGACGGCGUCAACCUGCUGGGCGGCCCGACGUGGAGCGUGCCGCUGGGCCGGAAGGACUCGCGCACGGCGAGCCAGAGCGCGGCCAACGACAACCUCCCCGGCCCGGGGUCCAGCCUCUCGACGCUCAUCUCCAUGUUCGGGAACCAGGGCCUGUCGGCGCGGGACAUGACGGCGCUGUCGGGGGCGCACACCAUCGGGCGGUCGCAGUGCCAGUUCUUCCGGAGCCGCAUCUACACGGAACCCAACGUCAACGCCUCCUUCGCGGCGCUCCGGCAGCGGACGUGCCCGCGCUCGGGGGGCGACGCCAACCUCGCGCCGUUCGACGUGCAGACCCCCGACGGGUUCGACAACGCCUACUACCAGAACCUGCUGCAGCAGAAGGGGCUCCUCCACUCGGACCAGGAGCUCUUCAACGGCGGGUCGCAGGACGCGCUGGUCAGGCAGUACAGCAACAACCCGGCGCUGUUCAGCAGCGACUUUGUCACGGCCAUGAUCAAGAUGGGAAACCUGCUGCCGUCGGCAGGGACCAGGACGGAGGUCAGGCUCAACUGCAGGAAGGUCAACUAGCUGAUGUUGACGUCAUGGUCAACGACAUGUGUGCUUGGUGUUACUGUCUUCUGCUGGUCGUCGAGGAAGCCUUGGGAACCAAGGUCAUGCAUGGUCAGAUAGAUGUAUUUGCUGGCUGCAAAUGCACUAUACUUGUCUGCUUAAGUUGUCGGGGUGACAGCGCGAAAGUGUAAUAAGACAUGAUCGGUAUGUAUGUCAAAUUAAAUGAUUACAUAAUAGUACGGAAGCUUUGUCAUAUAUCACA